AUGGAGAUUUCACAUCCCCGCCGUAUCCUGGCUGUCAGUCGCCCUGACCACGGCCUGCUAGACCUCAUCCAAAGCUUGACCGGCACACAGCCCACCCUAACGAUCGACACCAUCGCUGGCAGCUCACAUACGCACACUAUCAGCACCGCCUACUACACAGCCAGCAUCCCCGUCUGGCUUGACGAGAUCGCCGACCCGCCCGCCUGGUCAGCUGACUUUCUCGCCCCCGAGGCUCGCGAAGUGCUGUCCGUCCUUGGCGCUUUCGUGGUGUGCUUCAAGAAACCCGUUGACGAGGCUGGCCUCGAGGAGGUCAAGUCGUUGCUUGAGGGCGUGGGGGAGGUCGUCAAGGAGGGGUGCGGGUUGAGUUGGGAGGGCGUGUGUCUGGCGGUGGGCAUGAAGCAGAGCGCGACUCCGUAUCUGGAGAAAAGUCACGAGGAGUGGGAGGAUGUUUGUCAGGAGUAUGGGUUUGAGUUUGUGGAUUUUGAAGCGAAGGGACGGAAUGAGUAUUCGGAGCCUUUGGGUAUGGAUCGUCUGAAAGAGGCUCUGGAGGCGAAUGAUUGGGAAGGGAGCGAUGAGCUUGGAGAUGCUAUAGAUCUUGACGGUUUAGAGGAGGAUGACAGUGACGACGCUGCUAGUAUCGGGUUCGGACUCGGUGCUGCUGAUAAAGCGGAGAUGGAGAAGGAGAUGAGGGGGAUGAAGAUGGAUAUAUAUGCGGGCAGCAUCUCUGGUGGCGGGGACGACCGUGGUGAUGCGGAGGAGCCGAGUGAUAAGGACGUGGAGGAUUUACAGGCUAUGAUGCUGAAGAUGCAGGCUGUUAGAGAUUUGGGGGCCGAUAUGCCGGAAGCGGAGAGGAAAAGGUUCGCCGCGAAGGCAGUCAAUGAUAUUAUGAAGAAACUAUAG